AUGGGUACCGAUGGUUCUAGGAGGCCAUGGUGGCUGCUACCGCCACCACUGCUGCUGCUGCUACUACUGCUGAGCCCCACAAGGUCAGAAGCCCAAGAGCAACAGGAAAGGUCUGGAGCCCAAGAGCAGCUGGAUGGACUCAGAGAGGUCUCGGGGCUCACCCUGCCAUCGGAGUUCCAGCAAGGGCCCAAAGCCAUCAUGUACCUGAGCUCUGAGGGCUCCUGGAAGGUGCCCAACACCUACCUGGUGGUGUUUAAGGAAUCCCUGAGGCAGCAGAUGGGGAGGUUUGUCCACCGCCUGCAGGCCCAUGCUACCAGCCAGGGUUUCGUCCUCAAUGUGCUGCACGUUUUCAAAGACCUCUUUCCUGGCAUCCUGAUGAAGUCAGACAACUUGGGCCCACUGGACCUGGUUCUGAGGCUGAGGGAGGUGACUUACAUCGAGGAGGAUUCCUUCACCUUUGCACAAAGCCUCCUGUGGAGACGGCAUGUGAUUUCCCCCAAGUGGAACCAAUAUCACAGUGCCCCAUGGAACAUGCAUCGGAUUUCUCUUGAGUGGAUCCCAUUGUAUAGAGUAAACCACCAUAACAAGGACAACCCUGUGGAGAUGUACAUAUUGGACACUUGCAUCCAGAUUAAGCACCAGGAAAUCACAGACAGGGUCACCAUCUCUAACUUUGAGACAGUGCCUGAGGAGGAGUGUCUGAGCACCAGUACAUCCAGGACAGAGGGAAACUGUGAAAGUCAUGGAACCCACGUGGCAGCACUGGUCAACGGCCAGAGUGUCGGCAUUGCCAAGGACAUCAACAUACACAGCGUGCAUGUACUCAACUGCCAAGGGAAGGGCACGGUCAGCGGGAUCCUCAUGGGCUUGGAGUUUGUUUGGAAAAAGCUGGUCUCCAAGCCCUCCAAGCGAAUAAUAGUGCUGCUGCCCCUGGUGGGUGGCUACAGUCAGAGCAUCAACAGUGCCUGCAAGCACCUGGCAAGGGCUGGGGCAGUGCUGGUGGCCGCAGCGGGCAACUUUCGGAGAAAUGCCUGUGCCUACUCCCCGGCGUCAUCUCCUGAGGUCAUCACUGUAGGAGCUGUUGAUUCCCAGGACCAGCCGUUUACCCACGGAACUCUGGGGACCAACUAUGGCUCCUGUGUGGACAUCUUUGCCCCUGGGAAACACAUUGUCAGUGCAUCACACAGCUGUAUCACUUGCUAUGUAACACAGAGUGGAACUUCGCAGGCAGCUGCCCAUGUGGCUGGCAUCGCUGCCCUGAUGCUCACUGCCCAGCCAAAUCUCACUGUGGCUGAGGUGAGGCAGAGGCUGAUCCACUACUCUGUCAGCAACGCUAUCAAUGACACCUGGUUCCCUGAGGAAGAGCGAGACAUGACUCCCAACCUGGUGGCCGCACUGCCAUCCAGCAUCCAGGGAAUAGAUGGACAGCUGCUUUGCAGGACUGUGUGGUCAGCACCCUGGAAACACAGGCUGAUGGAUGCUGCUGAGGUUCAAUGUGACCCAGACGAGGAGCUGCUCAGCUGCUCCAGUUUCUCUGAGAGUGGGAAUCGACAGGGCGAGCGUGUGGGGACCCAAGGUAACAGUCAUGUUUGCUUGGCAUUUGGAGACUGCCAUGUUUCUGCAGUGGCCAGAUGCUGCCUGCUCCCCAGAGCCAACUGCAGCAUCCACACAGCUCCUCCAGCCAUAGUAGGGAAGACCUAUAGCCACUGUCAGCAUCCUGACCAAGUCCUCACAGGCUGCAGCUCCCAUUGGGGGACAGAGAAUCUUGGUGUCUACCGGAAUACUACACAGAAUCAAGUUUCUAAUCAGCCCAGACGGUGCACGGGGCACAAGGAGGCCAGUGUCCAUGCUUCCUGCUGCCAUGCUCCAGGCCUGCAGUGCAAAACAAAGAAGUACAGGCCAUUAAACCCUUUGGAGAAGGUCACCGUGACCUGUGAUGCGGGCUGGACCCUGACCAGCUGCAGUGCCCAUCCUGAGACCUCUGUCACCCUGGGAGCUUUCCCUGUGGACAACACAUGUGUCGUGAGGCACCAGAGUGCUGACAAGAGAGGAUGGACCAUUAAGGAAUUCAUAACAGUCAUGGCCAUCUGCUGCCGGAUCCAGUCCCCAGGCCAGCUAUAGAGCAGAUGUGAAGAACUCAAACUGCCUGGUGGUGCUGACCAGGCUGUAUUUUAUGGAAGAAACAGGGUCAGAGAGGAGGGCCUGCCAGGCACACAGCCAGGAAGUGUGGUGAUACAAAGGGAGAUGGUACAAUGGGCACCUGAUUUCUGCAGCAAACAGGGUGUGACAGCAAAAAGAGCCUUGCCUGCUUGCUCUAGGGCUGCUCCCUGGGGGUAUUGGCCUUCUGUGGUGGUCUCCCUAUGGGGUCUGGGCCAACACCUGAGGGGUGCAGGUGGCAUGUGUAAGGAUCAGCUGACCACACGGGAAUAAAUAUCAAAAUAAACUAACAUUUGACUUUUUUGUCUCUACUGCCUUUG